GAAGUCAUUGGCAUGCAGGGCAGCAGCGGAGAUGUUCCUGCUUUUAUUUCUCCUGCAGGAAGUGUCGAGUUGCCGCUCUCAAGUUGACCUGACCUACUUCUGUCCUAUGCAGUCCCGCCCUGAGAGGACACCGGACCAUCCUACGCCCCCGCCCUGCAGCACCCGGACUCCCCCGAAAGGUGCAGGCCCCGCCCCCGCAGCAUGACCGUGGCCACGGGCGACCCCUCCGACGAAGCGGCGGCACACCCGCUGGACUACGACCCGGAGACCGACCACGAGUGCUGCGAGAGGGUGGUCAUCAACAUCUCGGGGCUGCGCUUCGAGACCCAGCUGAAGACCCUCUCGCAGUUCCCCGACACCCUGCUGGGGGACCCCAAAAAGAGGAUGCGGUAUUUCGACCCGCUGAGGAACGAAUACUUUUUCGACAGGAACAGACCCAGCUUCGACGCCAUUUUGUAUUACUACCAGUCCGGGGGCCGGCUGAGGCGGCCGGUCAACGUCACGCUGGACAUCUUCUCGGAGGAGAUCCGCUUCUACGAGCUGGGCGACGAGGCCAUCGAGAUGUUUCGGGAAGACGAGGGCUUCAUCAAGGAGGAGGAGCGCCCUCUUCCCGACAACGAGUUCCAGAGACAGGUUUGGCUGCUUUUCGAGUACCCGGAGAGCUCCGGUCCGGCCAGGAUUAUCGCCAUCAUCUCCGUCAUGGUCAUCCUCAUAUCCAUCGUCAGCUUCUGCCUGGAGACCCUCCCCGUCUUCCGCAACGAUGAAGACGGGAUGCACAAGUCUCACGCCGAGAUCUUUUCCCCGGAGACCAACACCACCGUCAUCAGAUACACCUCCACCUACUUCACCGACCCUUUCUUCAUCCUGGAGACGCUCUGCAUCAUCUGGUUCUCCUUUGAGUUCCUGGUGCGCUUCUUCGCCUGCCCCAGCAAAGCAGGCUUCUUUGGAAACCUCAUGAACAUCAUCGACGUGGUGGCCAUCAUCCCGUACUUCAUCACGCUGGGCACGGAGCUGGCCGACAGUCCGGACGACGGCCAAGCGGGUCAGCAGGCCAUGUCUUUGGCCAUCCUCAGGGUCAUCCGCCUGGUGCGGGUGUUCCGCAUUUUCAAACUCUCCCGUCACUCCAAGGGGCUUCAGAUCCUGGGCCAGACCCUCAAAGCUAGCAUGAGAGAGCUGGGCCUGCUCAUCUUCUUCCUCUUCAUCGGCGUCAUCCUCUUCUCCAGCGCCGUGUUCUUCGCCGAGGCCGACGAGCCGCAGUCUCAGUUCGAGAGCAUCCCGGAAGCCUUCUGGUGGGCCGUGGUGUCCAUGACCACGGUGGGCUACGGGGACAUGGUUCCCACCACCAUCGGCGGCAAGAUCGUGGGCUCCUUGUGCGCCAUCGCCGGGGUGCUGACCAUCGCCCUGCCCGUGCCCGUCAUCGUGUCCAACUUCAACUACUUCUACCACCGCGAGACGGAGGGCGAGGAGCAGGCGCAGUACCUCAACGCGCCCAAAGCCGACUCGUCCGAGGAGCUGAAGAAGAGCCGCAGCGGCUCCACCGUCAGCAAGUCGGACUACAUGGAGAUCCAGGAGGCCGUCAAUAACAGCAACGAGGACCUCGGCGAGGAGAACCUGAAGACGGCCAACUGCACGCUGGCCAACACAAACUACGUCAACAUCACCAAGAUGCUGACGGACGUGUAGUCCUGGGCAAGAACCAGGCACAGGAACUCUGAAGGAUCUUUGCAUGGAGUUCAUUUUUUCUAAGAAGAAUAUUCAUGCCAAUAAUAAUACUACUAAUAAUAAUAAUAGCGCACAAGAAAAGAAGAAAGAAGUCCGCACUUUAGUCGCUUCAGCCCUCACUUCCCAGGGUGCACUGCUCUGCACAACAACACACCCUCAGGUGCAAGUCCAUCGGCACCAGGUGGUUCCACACCUUUCUCACCUUUCACUGCUUGGCUCUUAAUGUUCACCACGGAGGACAACUUGAAUGUUUCUUCUCUGGCACUUGGAGCCACAGACUCGUGAUGCAUGUUGGUAGUGCCGCCUACAGGCUCUAUGCGGUACAACAAGCUGGGCACACACAUUCUAGAAAAGAUAGUCUAGUGAAAAUGUUUGGGCCAAAAUCUAUGCAUGUUCAAAAAAAAACAAAAAAAUCACCAGAUCUUUUUUUUUUUAACAUAUUUUUAAUGUAAAAAAUGUACUUGAAAAUGAUGUAUGCAAAUCUAGAAAAGUACUCACAAACUGCAAACCUCCAAGCCAAAUCCUUUAAAACCGUCCUGAA